UUUCUCGAGCAUCAGAAGGCGGCGCAGGUCCACCCGGCAGUGCAGUGAUAUUGAGAGGUCAAACAUUUCCCUCAGACAGCGGGAGCAGAGCAGAAAGCCAGGAUGUCUGGAGAACUGUCCCUCAACAUCAACAUCAAGGAGCCACGAUGGGACCAAGGCACAUUCAUGGGGCGUGCCAAGCACUUCUUCAUGGUCACAGAUCCAAGGACCGUCCUGCUGUCCUCUGAGACCCUGGAUGAGGCCAAAGUGAUUGUGGAGGACUACAGAGCUGGCAAUGCGAAGCCUGGCCUGACGGAGGACGAGCUGUGGAGAGCCAAGUACAUCUAUGACUCUGCCUUCCACCCCGACACUGGCGAGAAGAUGUUUGUGAUCGGGCGGAUGUCAGCUCAGGUGCCAAUGAACAUGUCCAUCACAGGCUCCAUGCUCACCUUCUACAGGACUACUCCGGCUGUGGUGUUCUGGCAGUGGGUUAACCAGUCCUUCAACGCUGUCGUCAACUACACUAACCGCAGCGGAGAUGCCCCCAUCACCGUGAAUCAGCUCGGCGCAGCCUACGUCAGUGCUACUACUGGGGCUGUAGUCACUGCCUUGGGACUCAAGUCUCUAGCUAAGAGUCUCCCUCCAAUCGUCAGCCGCUUUGUCCCCUUUGCUGCGGUUGCUGCUGCUAACUGUAUCAAUAUUCCCUUCAUGAGGCAGAGGGAGUUGAAGUACGGUAUCCCUGUGACAGAUGAGAAUGGAAACAGGUUAGGAGAGUCCCCUAACGCUGCCAAGCAGGCCAUCAUGCAGGUGGUGGUGUCAAGGAUCGGAAUGGCAGUACCAGCAAUGGCCAUCCCUCCGGUUAUAAUGAACGCUCUGGAGAAGAGAGCUUUCAUGAAGCGAUUCCCAAUUCUAAACGCUCCAGUCCAGGUGGGGCUUGUCGGCCUGUGCCUGGUGUUUGCAACUCCUCUGUGCUGCGCCCUGUUCCCACAGAAAAGCUCUAUGAGUGUAAGCGGGCUGGAGGCGGACCUGCAGGAGAGGAUACGACAGACCAGUCCCAACACCACCACCGUCUACUUCAACAAGGGCCUGUAGGACCAGCCAACACAUCUCCACACAUGCACGAGACACGCAGACACGCACACAUAUAUGCACAUGUCAGCUGUCCUGUGGGCACAAGUGGGAGGGCAAUACAAGAUUAAUUUAUGCAUUUUUUGUUGUUGGUGUGUGUAACUGGUGUAUUUUUGUUUUUAAAAAAUUUGACUGCGCGGAGAUGCUCCAAUUGUAAGAGCGGAUGCUGAUCAUUAUUGGGAGGAUUCACUGAAGGGAAAACGAAACACUUUGAGAAGGAACAUCACUGACAGUUCUCUCUCUACAUACAUGACACUCCUUAGAAAAGACAAAGUGACUCCUUUAUAAAAUUGUGUCGUGUUUUCUGUCUUUGUUUAGUCGAAACUGCCUCGUCACUGGUGGCACUCGCUGAUUUGUGUUCUCAUUUAUAUAUCGUUGCAUUCAGUUCAUACCAGUCCUAUGAUAGAUGCUUUCAACUCCAGGUUAAAAUGAAGACCAGCGCUUGUGAGUCAUUUAUGUAGUUUCUCCUGAAUGUGGCAUAAAUGUUACGAUUAUUGUAAGAUGGUUCAACUUUUCCAAUUCUUCCCUCGUCAUCCUCACAUUAUUCUGUUUUGAUAUUUUAUGUUAUUACACAUUAACUAUGGUUUGUUUCAAUUGUUGCAGUUACACAGGAACAAAAGUUGUGUUAGUCUUCCCUGAAUAGUUCAAGCUUCGAUGAAUAAGUUCCUCUUCUGUUGUUCUCUGCUUCCUUGUUAUUCGUUGCACCUCUCUUCAUCUCUCCUUCAAGUGUACUUAUGCUCCUCCGUUCUCUCAGACCAGACAAUGAGGUGCUAGGUAUAUGUGGCACAUGUGUAGGAAUCGUAUGACAAGAGCUUAGUAGAAAGCGUCAGAGAGUCUGAUGACUGUGUUCUCUGUCAGCGUAAAUAUGUGCUGUAGCCAUGGCAGCCUGUUUCUCAAGGCCUUUAAUUAUUUGCGAUCACCAUAUGAACUAGUGCAGUCGCUAACUGUAGUAGCAUAUUGAUGAGUUCUUUGAUUGUUGUAGGUGAUGUCUGUGGCUGUUAGGUGGAGAAGAAUUUCCUAUGUUGUGAUGUUUUGUCGCCAAGAGGAAAUGUGAUGAUCAGACCACAGACGAUGUUUCGCUGGAAUAAUGCAGGAACUUUGCAAAAAAACUCCAGUUUGUUGGAUUUAUAGUUCGAAACACAGGGUUAUUAUGUGCAGCAAACCGCCAGCCAUCUGCACUCGAGCCACUGAUGUUCCAUUGUACCAAAUGAACGUAGCUAAUGUUGUGUGAUGAAGGUAAAAUAUUGAAUACUUGUAAUAUCCAGGUCGUGUGCGCGCACAGUAUUUGUUGAUGCUUUGGACAGUUUGGCCGAGUUUCCGCUUCUCUAAUCAAACUCGUUCACGUUGUUGACCAAGCUCUCAAACACAAACACACAGCUGUCUGUCGUGAUUAGAUAGUGAUGAUGGUGAACGUGAGGACGUAUCAGCUCAGUUUAUUCCAGUGCUCUCUGUCUGAGGGAUGUAAGAAUAAGUAUAUUUUUCUUGGAUGUAUUUAUAGAAAAUAUCUAUACUAAAUAUAUAUAUAUAUUUGAUGUUUAAUGUAUGGAACACAUAUGCAUGAGGAAUUUUAGAGAUUCUAACUUGAAGGAGUGCCUCUGUUUGCAAAUCCACCAGAUGGCCACAUAUAUGCAUCAGAGACCAUGUCAGCUGCUUGUGUUACAGGAGCAGAGUUUAAUAAGCUGCUGCUCCUCCCGCUCUGGGGCUAAUGAGCUCUCACUUUAGAAGAAUGAGAAAAGUCACAGAUCACUAACUAUGAGUCAAUGUUUGAGUAAAGUGUUGUUUCAUGUACAGAAGAAAAACUAAACCCAACAGUACGAAUGUACAAGUGGAGCUCAUCCUUGAAUUCAUCUCCAUCAAGCAUCACGUGAGUCACUUGAGUUUGUUUCGGAAGUUUGAGGUUGAACUUUACAAUAACAGGAUUGUAGCAACUGUCAAACAGUUGCAUCUUGAAAUACGUGAUUGUGUUUUGUGUGUGAUCCUGUAAUUCAAUGGUUUCAAUUACAAUACAAUUCAGAUACCUCUCCUAGAAGAGUCUUGAUAUGACUCCAGACUUCUGUAUGAGAAAGAUUUAUUUUCAUGACUCUUACAUGACGUACUUCACAUUUUCCAAUUAGACUCUUCUUCCAACUGCUCACUUUACUCACUUUCAUAUUAACAUUUAAACCUGGAGCAACAAUCAAACUGUCUCUGUAUCGUUCAUGGGAACAGACGUUGGUUUCUGUCUUAAUCCCUCUUCAUCUUCCGUAACACUGACUGGUGCUGCUCAUUAAUACUUAUUUGUGUUUCUGUGCUAAAUGUUGCCAUUGUGCGUUGUGUUUGGGUUGUUUUCCUUCUGAGAGAAAAACUGCACUAUAUAACCUUUGCUGUGCUGCUGUAGUAACUUGUUGCAUAUGUGUUGCAACUUAAAAAAAGCUUCUUAAAAUAUAUAUUCGAACAUUAUAUUUGUUUAUUGUGGUGGUUAAUGUUGAAUGAGUCCUGUUACUGCUAAGUCAUUCUUCAUCUAUUAGCUCAGUUUCUGCUGUUUCCUGUUAUUUUCUGCUGUUUGAAUUGUAACACACAAAUGUCAAGAACAAAACUGGACAGUUAUUGUGAGCAUUUAAGGACACGUGUGUCUCAGCUUGUCGCAUUCAUAGAUCGAGCCAAAGAUGAGACGGGUGAGAAUUAUACAGGAUGGAGAGGAGUUUGAAGCUUUUUAAUGUUUUUGUUUCAGCUUUGUGGUACGGACCUUGUUCCAAGCUUUUACUGAUCAAAAACAUGUUUUAGUUUUUAUAGAAGUGAUCCUCGUUGCAAAAUUUAAUUUUUUCAACAACAUCAAAAUACAUCGGUAUCCACACAAAGUCAACAGAUAAAAAUCUCAAUAGGCAUGAAUUUUAUUUAUAUCACAAUAAAUCUGACUUUAUUACACAUUUAAAAUUUUGGUUGUGCAUGUUAUGAAAAAGAAAAGGUUAAUCUUUGCUAACUGAAAGCCAAUGUAAAGACAAUCUGUGACACUCAUGAAUGUUUGUUGUUGUUUCAUGUUCAUAAGUCUCCACAAUAUUGGAUCAGUGUUUCCUCCCCUUUAUUUUGUAUUGUGUUGCUGUGACAUGUAUUUUACUUCGAACAACUGAAUAAAAAGUGUAACAUUCAUGUUUAAA